AUGGACCUCACGGCGGAAGACGACGACCUCCUGAGCUACUUCCUGUCGGCCGAUGUCGCAGCAGAGCAGCCGCUGCAUGCGCUCCCACUACGUGCGACCGACAGCAGCAGCGCAGUCGAUGCAGCUGAGCAGUUUUCGCACGGGCAGACGGUGCUGCUGGCGCCCGAGCGGCCGUUUGGCAGCGACGAGACGAACAGCAGCAGCAGCUCGGCGUUCCAGCCGCCGCCCAGCAUCAGCAGCUUUGUCGAGAGUUCGAUGAUGCGUCCAAUGGCCAACGACGAAGACACGUCGUCGAGCAAUGGGGCGCUGGACACGGACGAGAAGCGGCAGCGGCGGCUGGCCAGGAACCGCGAGUCGGCGCGUCAGAGUCGGCGCCGCAAGAAGCAGUACCUGGAGUUGCUGGAGGAGAAAGUGUCACAGCUGACGGAGAGUAUUGACACGACGCGUGCGAGUCACUUGGAGCGCGCAGAUGAGACGUUGAACCAAGUGCGGUCGAAUAUGCUGAAGAGCCUCGCGGCCGAUCGGAAAAACGGCGGUGUGGAUGAGGCUGUUCAGGAAAAGGUUCGGCAGGGUCUGAUGCUGAUUCAAGAACGAUUUGGACCAAACAGUGUCGAGCGAGUUGCUGUGAAAGACUACAACUUUCGUCAACUCGACAACCUGCUGCUACCUCCGUACUGCCGGUUUCUCUUGUGGCUCAGUAUCCAGGACGAUUCGUUCUUUGACAAGGAUGAUAGUGCGGGGGUAAAAAAUGCUGGAGACGUGCCCGAGAAAAAGAAAAGCCCCGUGACGGUAAAGAAAGACACCCUGUGGUCGACGUUGACGAGCGACCUCGCUCUUACGUACGAGCAGGAUGAGAAACUGAGGUCGCUGUACAAGUCAGGCGACUCGAAGAGCAGCAAAUCGGAGCGCCGACGAGUAGCAAUGGCUGUGACCUAUUUAUGCAAGCUGAAGAAAAGUCUCGAGCAGCGCUCGGAGGCGGUUCAGCGACAAACAGAGAUGCUGCACUCUAUUUUGACGCCGGAGCAGUCACUCACAUAUUUGCGGUGGGUGGAUGCCAAUCAGGAUCGACUGCCGAGCUUUGUCGACAAGACGCUGUCAGUGCCGAACAAAGAUGCUUCGGAUGCUGUGCGCGCUAUUUUGAAAAAAGACGAUCGCGAUCUGACAGUAGAAGACGUGACUGCGCUGCUCGGGGAGCUGUGA